UCAGUCCGUAAUGAUGUACGCCCAACUUACUUUUUUAUUGUGGAAUUUGUUCCAACUGUCCACUUUUAUGCCCUCAUCACUGAGCGCAGAUAGCGGAAGAUCGAUACUCGGUGCAGCUUGACUUAUUCCCUUGGUUAUAGCCGUAGUGAUUGUAGUAGUGUAAACAGUCUUGGGCUGCUUUUUGACCUCCCUCUUCGGUUCCCAGUCGAAGGGAUCCGUGAACCUGCUAAUGAAAUAACAUUUGUAAACUUAUGUUCUACAUUCGAACCCUAA